AUGGCGCAAACUAGGUUGACUCAAGAGACAAAAGAUACAAUACUGGGCAUGAAACUGACUAUUGCCCGGUAUCAAGACUCUUCCGACUCUGACGAUCCAUACCUCCAAGCUACGAAUCGUGGGAACAAACUCAAGCGUAAGGUGCAUCACAUGCAAGAUGCACAAUCAGGAAGAAACCCCGGGGCCAAGGCCUACAAGCGGACGAUUGAGCAUGCCGGCUACCGCAGAAAUAUACUUCGCCGAAACCCCAAGCGCUACGAUGAAGACGGAGAAGAGCUUGAGGAUGAGGACGAAGACGGGGAAGCUGAUGCGCGAGCUGCGGAAGACAACCCAUAUGCUGACAUUCAUCUCGAAAAUCUACUCUUACCUCUGACGUCUCCUGCGAGCCUGCUGAACCAUCCCUCGCUUUCCAUCCCAUAUCUUUCAUCUACAUUGACAGAUAUGGCGCAACAUGCUUGUGAAUUGGUGCAAAGAGAGAGGAAGACUUUGAACAACGCCAAGCAACUGUUGAAGAAGCUGCGAGGAGACCAAACGUGGAUACCUUGCGGUUCACUCUGUUCCAAAAGUGAUGAGGUAUUGUUCAGCACAGAGCACCUAUACAAUGGUACCGCGUCAAAUGGGAUCCCGCAGGGUCCGAGAAGAGUCCACACACAAGAAAGAAUGGUUAAUGGCAUCGGCAAUGGCGACCGGCAAUUGGGAACUCGAAGUGAAGCGAAGCCCGGAACGGAGCUCGCCAAUACCAACGAAUCGCACGAAGACACCACGGAGGAAGACAGCAUCGACGCAAUCGAGGCAGCGGCCUAUGGCGCCCUACACCCCAGCCCACCUAAUGAAGCACAAGAAGAGGAGGUCACAAAGCUGAACGUCCUACCGGACCUUGAGAUGACAGGUGCCAAUGGCAAGGUAUCCGAAGGUCAAGGAGCCAAGCCGGGGGACUCCGAAGAGUUGGAAAGGUGUUUUGAGGACGACAUUGUGGACAUAGUGGGUCCUGAAGCUUCGAUCACAGGCCCAGCCGAAUCAGAAGAUACGCUGGACACAGAUGUGGGAUCUGGCCGAAACUCAGGGCACAGUGGCAACAAUGACCACACCGUAACACGGGCCAGCCCACUUACAGACGGUCCUAUCCCUGCCGCAGCAGACAUUCCCACUAAUGGAGACACCGCCCUAGCCACAGAAAACACAGGAGACGAAGUCAUGGAGGAUGGUAUCGAUGCCGACGACGAAACGAAACCCUCCCCUCGCCGCAUGCGAACCCGCGCCCAAGCCCAAGCAGCCAACUCUCCGGCAACCACCACCCGCACCGCUUCUCCCUCCUCCUCCAUUCCCCCACCAAUCCACCCCCUCUUCAUAAUUCCCCCCUCCGCCAUCCCCUCCUGCGACAUCGGCCUCCCGCCCACCGAAGCCGAGGAAACGCGCCGCAUGCUAAUCCUUUACGUGCAAAAACAAGAAGAAGUGUGCCGCGGCGCUAAGAAACUGCAUCAGGGUUUGUUAAAAGCAGAUCGGCAGAGGAUGACGGUAUUUAAGUGGUGUAAGGCGGAGGGACAUGUGGGGGAGAUGAGCGACGGGGAAGAUUGGUAUGAUAAAGAGGAGUGGGGACUGGAGGAGGGACUGAGGAAGGGCCAUAAUGAUGAUGAGGAUGAGGGCGCGGUGCAGGGCAAGAAGACCAGGGGGAGGAGGGCGUAA